AUGGCAGACAAACUCCCCACAGAGUUUGAUGUGGUUAUAAUAGGGACAGGUUUGCCCGAGUCCAUCCUUGCCGCCGCGUGUUCAAGAAGUGGACAGAAGGUUCUGCAUUUGGAUUCCAGAAGUUACUAUGGAGGGAACUGGGCUAGUUUCAGCUUUUCAGGACUCCUGUCCUGGUUAAAGGAACAUCAACAAGACAGUGACAUUGAGGAAGAGUCCAAUGCUACAUGGCAAGACUUGAUUCAUGAAACAGAAGAAGCUAUCAUUCUCUGCAAGAAAGAUGAAACUAUUGAGCACACUGAAGUUUUUUGUUAUGCCAGUCAAGAUGAGGGGGUCAACAUUCAAGAGGAAAAUCCUUCCUCUGGGGCAUCUGAAACCUUCAUUGAACCUCAGGAGUCUAUAAGCUUGCCCAACGAAAGUCACUCUUCAUAUGUCACUAACUCUGAAAUGCCCACCAAACAUGCAGAGACAUCUGAUAGAGUGAGUUCACCAGCUGCACCUGGUGUGGAGGAGGAAAAGGACUGUGGGGAUAAAACUUGUAUGCACAGGGUUUCCAGUGGAGGUAAAGAUGAAAACACGCUGGCCGUACAAGACAACACUGACGAAGCAACAAGAAACAGGGUUACUUAUGCUCACCUGGUUAAAGAAGGAAGGAAAUUUAAUAUUGACUUGGUAUCAAAGCUGCUGUAUUCUCAAGGAUCACUAAUUGAUCUUUUAAUCAAAUCCAGUGUUAGCCGUUAUGCAGAAUUUAAGAAUGUCACUCGAAUUCUCGCAUUUCGGGAGGGAAAGGUAGAGCAGGUGCCUUGCUCCAGAGCAGACGUCUUCAGUAGUAAAGAGCUCACGAUGGUUGAAAAGAGGAUGCUGAUGAGAUUUCUUACCUUCUGUUUAGACUAUGAGCAACAUCCUGAUGAAUACCAAGAUUACAAGCAAUGUUCAUUUUCAGAGUAUUUAAAAACUAAAAAAUUAACUCCCAACCUCCAACAUUUUAUACUGCACUCAAUUGCAAUGACAUCAGAAUCAUCUUGCACGACAUUAGAUGGCCUUAAAGCGACACAAAACUUCCUUCGGUGUCUUGGACGGUUUGGCAACACACCCUUUUUAUUUCCCCUGUAUGGUCAAGGAGAAAUUCCCCAAUGUUUCUGCAGAAUGAGUGCAGUUUUUGGAGGAAUCUAUUGUCUUCGCCAUAAAAUCCAAGGUCUUGUGGUUGACAAAGAUUCUGGAAGAUGCACAGCAGUUCUAGGCCACUUUGGCCAGAGGAUAAAUGCGAAGUAUUUUAUCGUGGAGGAUAGUUACCUCUCCAAGGAGACACGUUCGAAUGUGCAGUAUGAGCAGAUCUCAAGGGCAGUGCUCAUUACUGAUGAGUCUCUGAUGAAGACAGACUCAGACCAGCAGAUCUCCAUCUUGAUCGUGCCUCCUCUGGAACCAGGAACUUGUCCUGUCCGGGUCAUAGAACUAUGCUCAUCAACCAUGACGUGCAUGAAGGGCAGCUACCUGGUGCAUCUGACCUGCUCGUCUUCAAAAACGGCGAGGGAAGACUUGGAGCCAGUGGUGAAGAAACUAUUCACUCCGCUCACAGAAACAGACACAGACAAGGAAGAACUCGGAAAACCCAGGCUGUUGUGGGCUCUUUAUUUUAACAUGAGAGACUCCUCUGGAACGAGCCGAAGCUCAUACUGUGGCUUACCACCCAAUGUUUAUGUGUGCUCAGGGCCUGACUCUGGCCUGGGAAGUGAGCAUGCAGUGCAGCAAGCAGAGACCCUGUUUCAGGAGCUCUUUCCCUCCGAAGAGUUCUGCCCUCCCCCUCCAAAUGCAGAAGACAUCAUCUUUGAUAGUGAAGACCACCGACCAGACACUCCUGGAACCAACACUGUGAUAGCUAAGCUUGAGUCCCAGGAGGAAAGCAAAAGCCUGGAGAGCCCAGGACGCUUUCAGAAUUAGAGAAGAGCAAGGUGGAACUGCUCUUCAAGCUGGACUUGACGUUCCUGUGUGAAGGAGCUCUGUCUCAAAGAAUCAGUGGCUCCGCGCUGAGUGCUGAUCCAGAUGCUGUCUUUAACUCCCUCAGACAUUGGGUGUUGGUAGCUUUGUUAACAGAGUUAUUGGUUAUUGAACUUUAUAUAUUUUAGAAUGGCUUCAGGAUCCAGAAUCUUUAAACAUUGAUAGAUUUAUUUUACUAUUGGGUGUUUAGGUGCGGGCUCUAUAUUAACUUUGCUUAAAGAAAAGUAAUGUUAUACCUGCUUCUUAUGUUCAAAUAUUGUUAUUGUGUACACAAAAUUAGCGUCCAAGGAAUAUUUUUGCAACUAUUACUGUUGAUCUCUCUGUUUGUGUAAUGAAACAGUAGCUUCUGUGAAUCUUUGUGUACAACAUAACUAUGUAGAAUUGGUAGGAGUGAAAACAAUACAAGCGCUACUGUGAGGAAUACAACUGUUUGUUACAAGAUUAGCUGUGCAUGCUCCUGUAGUAUUAGUAAGGGCUGACAUUUACAUUUUACCUGCUUGACCUUUGUAGAGCAGGGGAACCCUCAUAACUUUCUGCUUCAUAAAAGAGGGGGAAGUUAGGAACUGAAGACUUCAUGUUUUAAGAGGCAUACUGUAAGCUGAGCAUGGUGGCUUGUUCCUGUAAUCCCAGCAUUCAGGGGGUAAGGCAGGAAGAUUGCUACAGGCUUUCGGCCUGCCUGAGUUGUUAUGUGAAACCCUGUCUCAAAAGAGAAAGAGAGGGAGAGACAAGAAAAGAAAGAACAAAAAUAGGAAAGAAAACAAAAAGGUACAUUGCAAAGAAAACUAAGGGGAUAAGAUGAGUCCAGAAAAUUGCUGCUGAGCCCUACACCAACAUGUAAGAGGACUUCCAACAAUUACUAAUUCAGGCCAACAGAAACUACCCGAUACUUCAGAAUGACUAUUGAGGAAUUCCUUAGGAGAAACUGAGUAAGCUAUUUCAUUGUGCAAACAUGAGUCUUUUAAAAAAAAACAAAACAUAAAACAUAGAAACAACCCAAAAACUCUCUUUAGCCAGA